AUGGCUCAGACAGUUUCAUUUUGGGGUCCAUUAUGUGGUUUUAUGAAUGAAAAUUUAGAAAUCGUGAAAGCGCAAGUUAGUGCACGCCGUGAUGUACGAUACCGAGCAAGAAAUAUUUCAUAUGAAUGGAAAAUUGUUGGUGUACAGAUUCCGGCUUAUAUGAAAUUAGACAAAACGGAAACGAAAAUCACAGGCGGAUUUUACUUUCACGUGUUUAAAGCUGUUAAACAGAAAUUAANAGACAAAACGGAAACGAAAAUCACAGGCGGAUUUUACUUUCACGUGUUUAAAGCUGUUAAAGAGAAAUUAAAAUUUAGUUACUCUCUGGUAAAACCAAUACCGAAACAUUAUGGACAUCUAACAGAAAACGGCUCGUGGACUGGAUUAGUUGCAAAAAUGGAUGCCGAUAUGGCCUUCGUUGGUUUAAUCCUCAACCCUAACCGUUUUGCAGCAGUGGAAUUUACAUCUCCAUUAGUGUUCCAGUCCGUUGUCUUUGUCAUCAGGGUUCCAGCAAAGAUUCCGAAUUGGAUUUCCAUAAUAAAACCUUUCGGUUUGGAUAUGUGGAUAAUGAUUUUCUCAACGGUAUUCAUAUUUGGAUUAGUAUUGCAUAAAGUGGCCGAACGUGAUUUCAUGACUGACGAAGUGGGAGUAUUUUGGCCACGAAGCCGUGUGUUCUGGAAUCUAUUUUGCACGUUUGUUUACCAAGGAAUUAACUUGGAUAACGUAAAAAGAUUCAAAUCCAGAUUGCUUGUGUCAAUAUGGUUGCUAUCAGUUGUAGUGUUAGUGCACAGUUACAGUGGAACUUUAAUGUCUUUCAUGUCGUAUCCUUUAACCGAAUCUGUACCAAAAACUUUUGACGAACUAGCCAUUGCUGUCAGAAAUGGUGAAUAUUCUUGUUGUAUGAGGGGAAAUAACGCUAUAUGGAGUUACAUUAAGAAUUCCAACAACAGAAGAGAAAAAAUUUUGAAAGAUCACAUCAUACGUCACAAUCACUUCUUCUCUUCUUGGACAGCAAUUGAAAAAGUUAAAAAAGAACGUUUUGCAUUUAUAACGACUGAAUAUUUUACAAGUAAACUGAUACCAAAAGAAUCAAACGCAUAUAGAAUUUCUGCAGAUGUUCUUGUCACAUUUGUUCAGUCUUAUGCUGUGAGAAAGGGAUUCCCUUUUAAGAAGAAAUUAAGUAAGACAAUAAUACAUUUGUUUGAAGCGGGAAUCACCGAGAAAAAAGAUUAUGCAGAAACAUCAAAGAUGCUGAAGUAUACAGAAUUCCAAGCAUUACAAUUGGCUGACAUCAUUAGUCCAAUAAUAUUGCUUUCGAUUGGGUUUAUUCUAGCAUUAAUGUGUUUAUUUGUAGAAUUAUUCUACAAAAGAAUAAUUGGAAAUCAACACCUGUAA